AAAUUAGAUCGAGAGCUUUACAAAUUGAAGACGACGAGUUGAAAAGAGGUUCCCCGGAGCCGGAGCCAGGUUUAGUUCAGCCAUGUCGGAGAAAUAUAUGAAUAUUGGUGCUCCGAUGACAGAGCUGCCAUUAGCUCAGUCCAGAGCUCAUUCAUCGCUAUCUCACAGGGGCAAGAAAUUACGCCGUGCACACAGUUUGCAGGAUCGUCUUCAUCUUUCCUUUUACUCCAGAGCACAAUCAUCAAUGGGAGGAGCGGCAAAAUUCCAUGAUAGUUGUCAAUCUGUGAGUCAUCAAAACAUGAACGGAUUUGGAUCUAGGGAUGCUCCUCUACAGAAAGGAGAAAGUCCGCUUCGAAUUUGUUCUUUGACAAAAGAAGAAUUCCAGAUUAGUAAAGACGCAAAGUUUUCUCCAGGUAUUCAAGUUUCCUGUCCAUAUUUGUAUUGUAACUCUAAGAAUUCUCAGUUCCAAAAUGCUGGCAGAUUUCCCUCAGCAAUGGUUUACUGCAAUAAGCGAUACUUCUAUUUGGAAGCGCAAAGCUAUGUGAUUGAUGGCCACCCUGAGCUAUUUCUCUGGUUAUGGUUCCUAGGUUCAGACAGUGAAGAGAUCUAUUAUAGAUAUAAUUUAACAGUUAUCCAUGGUAAAUCUGAAUAUUCCUACAAGGGACCGGUCAUUAGUCUAAUGAGGUCGGCAACAGAGGUACGCAACGAAGGCAGAUGCUUGGUAAUUAGGGAAAAAGUGUGGGAUUACAUGUCCUAUAAGCUUAGAAUCGUCAAGGUCUGAUGUUUUAACCUAAUUAGCACCUUACCAGAUAUAUUCAGUUUUCUGUUGCUCUGAGCCUUAAGAAACAUGGAACAAAACCAACAUAAACUAUGUGACAUUUUGAUGAAUAAAAAGUGUGAAAUUAGAAGAAAUUGAAAUUAAUAAAAUUGUUGUCCAUGA